GGUGUAUUCCCAAGGUAGGGGGUUUCAUUAUUUAACUCAUUUUAAAUGGUAUUUUUGGUGCCAUAUUGGUGCUUUUAUCUAUUUGAGGCCCAAAUAACCUUAUUUUUCAUUUGGAGGGGCUAAUUUGGAUUUAAAAAAUGGUUUUGUCCAAUUUGAUCACCCCCACAUAUUCAACAUACAUGGAAGUGUCCUUUUUGCAGGGAUUGCUGGGAAGAAGAAGGAGGGUGUCGAGCUUGGGACUUUGGAAAGGCAGUUUUAGUCAGAGCCAGUUUGAAAAGAUCAUCGACACCAUGAUGGAUGAGGAGAUACAAGACGACCACAGCAAGCUGAAGCAGGGCCUAGUCAAAGUCCUCCAGUGCGUGGCCACCAUCUCGUCGGCGGCGGCCGUGGUCAACCCCAUCUUCGGCGUGGCGGGCUCCCUGAUCCGGGUGGUGCUGCACCACGUGGACGAUGAGGACAUCCGCACGCUGAAGCGCGAGUUCGGCUCCGUCCACCAGAGGCUGGACGAGCUGUCCCAGCAGAACCGCCGGACGCUGGUCCAGAUCGAGAAGGAGACGCUGGACGGCCAGUACUGCCACGUGGAGGAGAACCUGAAGAACCAGUUCAGGAAGUUCAUGGCCAUGGUGGAGGCGCGGCCGGAGCACCGCAACGGCAAGAAGGACGACUUCGAGGAGAGCUACGCCAACGACCUGGGCGACCAGAACCUGCACACGCUGUACGACGGCGUGGUGGGCAAGCGGAAGCUGUUCAGCCGGCCCAUCCUGGAGGUGUACCUGAAGCACUCGCAGGGCGACCGCCGCGUCAUGGAGCGCCUCUGCACGCGCCUCACGUACCUGUUCUGCAUCGGCCUCAUCGCCCUGAUGGGCUACUCCGCCAUCAUCGGCGACGACGAGGAGGGGCUGAGCGAGGAGUGGGCCGAGAAGAUGGAGCACGUGCAGGAGAAGAUGCAGGAGGCGCUGCGCAGGUGCACAUGAGGAGGAGGAGGAGGAAGAGGAAGGGAAGGCUCAACAUUCCCACUCCUGCUCUCUCUUUCCGCAAAAAUCUCCUUCUUACCGCGCGACCCUGAAGGCAACGUCUACCAAAUCCCGCUGCACGCAAACAGGCUUUUGAUUGGCUGCUUUCACAUCACAGCCAAUUAAAGCUUAGAGAUAAAUUCACCUUAAUAAAAUAAACACAGCAUUUAGACACAAAUGUGCAUUUAUGGGGCAGAACAGAAUCUAACAGAAGGAAGAAAAAACAAAAUAUCACCAAAUAUGUUUGUCUACUUUCUAGUGCAAAUAUGUGAGUACAUUUAAAAUUAGACAAAACUAAAGUAUAAGCUUGUUUUAAGUCAAUAAUUCAUGUAUCUAGAUGAAACAAAACCAGUUCCACUGGCAGAUCAUUUUCACCAGUAACAACAUUUUUUCUGUUUCCAGUGGAAAAAUCUGCCAGUUCAACCAGAACUUUCUGUACUGACUUAAAAUAAGCUUAUUCAUUUAUUACCUUUUAAGUUGGUUUUGUUUUAUUUCUAGUGUGCUAAUAAUAUAUUUGGAGUAGAAACUAGACGCAUUAUUUGGUAAGACUUUGUGUUUUUGCAGAUAAACUCUAUAAAAAUCAGCCUAUUUAUCAUGAAACUGCUUUAAAAGCUGCAUUAACAUGAAAUAUCUGCUUUUUGUUUCCAUUAUAUUAAUAAUAUUUCAUCAUAUUUUCCAUGAAGUGUCGACGUAAAGUCCAGCUUCAAGAUAUAAAAUCACAUUUCUGCACUUUGUGGAGUUACUGGCCUUGUGUUGGGAAGCUUUCAGGGGGUUUGGGAAGCUGUUGCCACAGCAACCAACGAGCGUCUGGAAGUUUCCGGAACGAUGAAUGUAAAAAAAAAAAUCAUGUAUGACCUGAGAUCACACUACCACCUUCACGUCUUUUUUUUUUUUUUUUUUUUACAUAUUAUUAAUCAUCUGUACACUAUUAUGAGCUGAGAUCUUUAUGUAGCUGAUAAAACUUUAUUUUAUUGAUGGUUAGAGACACUAAGUGCUUUUGUUUCAGUCACACUACAUUUUCUUCUCUGUUGGGAGGAAAUCGGUUACAUUUUGGCGACUGGCUUAAUCUGUGCAGUUUUAGUGUAAAAAUCAUGUUUUUGUUUCCUGUCUGCAGCUUUUUAAUGAACACAGGAGAGGAACCAAGUGUUACACUUAUAUCUGAUUGUUUUACCUGUAAGGUGUCACAUAAUCAUCACUUUUUUUACCCUGAGUGCCUGAAUGUGCCAGUACCUGCUCCUGUUUUAUAUAUUUUAUACGCCACCGGGUGGGGGGGGGGACGAACCUGCAGACCACAGUCCAGAUUUGUUGUCCAUAGUUUUGGGUUUGUGUUCUUGGGUCGAACUCGUCUGAACGGAUCAGGGUUGUGGUUCUGGAUCGUCCCACUUAUUGUUACACUAUUAAAGCUUAAAGCGCUCUUCUUUACGUGGAGGAAAACUGGACCCUGAACGCCUCCUGACAUGUCGGAUAUGUGAAUAUGUUCAUGUUUUUUUGUUCUGUUUGGGUUUUUACAUGUUUGCAUCGACAUAAAUAAAGAUGUGAAAAGAA